AUGGCUGCUCUCAACCAAUACGCUGUUCUCAAAGAAAAGUUUGAAAAGGCCGGCCAGAGUCAGGUCCUACAUUUCUGGCCACAGCUCUCCGAAGCCGACCAAGUGAAGCUUGCAAACCAGCUUGCAGCACUCGAUAUUGAGCGCGUCAACCGGGUAUUCGCAAAAGCGAUCCAAAGUGAGAAAGACGCGCAGGAUUCUUCUCAAGAUGAUAUUGCGCCACCCCCGAGCGAUUCAUACGACAGUAUCCUAGGGAGUGCAGGGAAGGAGGCUGAAUACAGGAAGAUUGGUCUCCAGGCGAUCUCUGAGGGCAAGGUGGGCGUCUUGCUCAUGGCAGGCGGGCAAGGCACGAGGCUGGGUAGUUCGGAUCCGAAAGGGUGUUACGAUAUCGGCCUGCCGAGCCACAAAAGCUUGUUCCAAUAUCAAGCCGAGCGUAUUGCAAGACUCGAGGUUCUUGCAGGCGAACAAGCUGGCUCAAAGGUCACGAUCCCGUGGUAUGUCAUGACCAGUGGACCCACCCGCAAGGCAACCGAAGCAUUCUUCUCUCACAACAAGUUCUUUGGCCUUGACCCAUCUCAAGUAAUCUUUUUCGAGCAGGGUACCUUGCCAUGUCUUGACAAUGACGGGAAGGUCUUGCUCGACUCGCCGUCUUCAGUUGCGGUCGCUCCAGAUGGGAACGGUGGGCUGUACGCCGCUUUACGCAGUCCCAUCUCUCCCGAAACCAGUACAACCGUCCUCUCCGAUCUUGCCGCUCGUAAAAUUGAGUACAUCCACGCUUACUGUGUCGACAACUGCCUCGUCCGCGUGGCCGAUCCUGUGUUCCUCGGUUUCUCAAUUCACAAGGGCGCGGACUGUGCUGCCAAGGUCGUUCCAAAGUCCUCUCCUAACGAGUCUGUUGGAGUUGUAGCCCGCAAAUCUGGUCGCUUCAGCGUAGUCGAAUAUUCAGAGAUUUCCAAGGAGCAAGCUGAACGUCGCGACGCAGAUGGACAACUAUCGUUCCGCGCAGGGAAUAUUGCAAAUCACUUCUAUACCACCGCAUUCCUGAACCGUGUGGCAGAGUUUGAGGAACAAAUGGCGUUCCACAUCGCACGCAAGAAGAUUCCCCACAUUGACCUUGAGACCGGCGAAUUCCGUAAGCCAAGCAAACCGAACGGAAUGAAGCUCGAGUUGUUCGUAUUCGAUGUCUUCCCGUUCACGGAGUCUAUGGUUGUUCUCGAAGUCGAUAGGAAAGAAGAGUUUAGUCCACUCAAAAAUGCACCUGGGACCGGCAGUGACGACCCCGGGACCAGCCGAGCGGACCUCUUGGCUCAGCAGCGACGAUUCUUGGAGAAGGCUGGAGCGACAGUCGGAGAUGGGGUAGAAAUCGAGGUCAGUCCCAAGGUUAGUUACGCGGGAGAGGGAUUGGAGGAAGUCAAGGGCAAGACUUUCUCUCGUAGCGGGUUGGUUGAGAACGUACAUGAGUUGGACACUCUUGUCUAA